AUGAUUUCACAUGAUUUAAUUAAAAAUAUUAGAUAUCAAUCAACAUCAACUUCAUCUUUAUCAAUAAACACCGAUAACAAUCAUGUUCAUCAUAUUCAUCAUGAUGAAGACCUUCAACUUUUACCACCCUUACAAAAUUUCAUACAACGUCUAGUAACAAGAUCAAGCGUUUCAACUGCUACCUUUUUAACCACUAUAAUUUAUCUGGAUCGUUUAAAAAAGAAAUUGCCUAAACUCGCUAGAGGCAUGCAUUGCACUCGUCAUCGAGUAUUUUUAGCUAUUUUAAUAGUUGCAUCAAAAUAUUUAAAUGAUUCAUCUCCAAGAAAUAAAUAUUGGGCAAGGUUCUCAAGUGUCUAUUCCGUCAAUAAAGUUAAUUUAAUGGAGAGACAAUUGCUUACUUUGUUAGACUAUGAUCUUAGAGUAACAGAGGCUGAGUUAUUAUUACACUUGAGUCCAUUCUUGAAAUCGCCUUCUCUCUCAACAUCAUAUAAUAAUAACAGUACCGAUCAAUUUGGCAGAAGACUUUCCUCAACUUCUACAUGUUCAUCAUCCUCCACCUCUUCCAUAACAACUCCUACAUCUGUUCCAACAGCGUUUCAAAAUAAUAAGGACGCUUCACGGGAUAUUCAUAUUCAUACACCAAAUAUACUAAAAAAACCAAAGAUUGUAUCAAAAGACCCUGUGAAAUGGUACAGGAACACACGAGAAAUCUUACUUGCUGUUAAAUCCAAUUUUCUUUUAAUAUUCUUACCUCCUGCUAUCAUAAUGAAAAGAUUUGAUGUAAAUGACAAUAUAUUGCUUUUCUUUAAUUUCUUGGCUAUCAUUCCAUUAUCAAAAAUUAUGACAACCGGCAUUGAUGAUCUUUCAGCCAGAUUUCAUCCUUCAUAUGGUGCAAUUCUUCAUGCGUUUGCCGGAAAUUUUGUCGAAUUGGUGAUUUCAUGCUAUGCAUUAUUGGAUAAACAAUAUUCAAUUGUUCGUUCUUCUGUACUUGGUGCAAUUUUAUGUAACAUAUUAUUGGUUCUUGGUGUUGUAUUUUUGGCAGGAUCUUGGCCAAGAAAAAAGUCCAAGAGAGAGUCUAUGAAUGCUCAUUUAAGCACACAACUUUUUGUAUCCACUAGUGCAUCUACCUUGGCUCUUGCUGUUCUUGCACUUGUCACUCCUGCCGCAUUCAAAAUUGCUGCUCCUGUGGGCACGGGCAUUGAAUGUGAUUUACAGAAUAUUAGUCAUGCUAUUGCUAUCAUUUUAUUAUUUGUCUAUGCUGCUCUUUUAAUAUUUCAAUUGAAAACUCAUGUUACGUCUACCAUUUCUAUGGAUGAAGUUCACUACAGAGAAGCAAAAUAUUUCCUUCUCUUUGACGUUUUCUUCUCUAUAACUGGUAUUGUUGUAUGUGCAAGAUACCUAGUGACAAGUAUUGAACACAUGGCUCAUAGUUUUCGACUUGGAAAUGGAUUUAUCGGAAUGGUUCUUUUACCUUUGUGUGAAGCUUCUGAAGAUAAAAUUGAUACUGCCGUCGGUUUAAUUCUUAAUACAUCUCAAAUCGCUCUUUUGGUUGCUCCUGUUCUUGUGCUUUUUGGUUGGAUUACAUCAAGACCUUUGACAUUGGAUUUUAAUACUCUUGAAAUUUGUGUACUUGCGUGCGCUGUUCUAAUUGUCAAUUAUUUAGUAGCUGAUGGUAAAGCAAAUUGGUUAGAAGGAUACAUGUUGAUUGUUUCUUAUGUUAUCAUUGCUGUUGCUUUCUUUUAUUUCCCAAAUAUACCAGAACUCAAAGAAGCUGAUAUAUUGAAAUGUAAUCCAUUCAGCAGAAAUUUACCUCCAGAUGAUUUUGGUUUAACUGAUGGAAAUAAAACAAAUAGAUAA